GAAAGAAAAAGAAUGGCACUCAGAACGACUCCUGCUGCUCCUCCUCCCUUCACCAUUUUCGUGCCAAAACCACCUUCUCAUCGCCCCGCUACAGAAGUCCGCUUUUCCCGUUGGAAUAACGCCAACGCUGAGAAAUUCAUCCGCCACGAACGCGAACAGAAAGAAAUCGAAGACGAAAUCCGACGCGAACGGAGGUUCAAAUCUGCCUCCAUAAUCGCCACCAAUUCCGGCAACGACGCAUCAACCACAUCCUCCGAUAACGAAACCUUCAAGUCCUUUGGAACCCCUUCUUGUCCUUCUCGCUCUUCUAUCCCCGGCAAGGCUUCAAAAUACUCCAAAAAAUUUAACCCUGACGAUACUUCUUCCCAUUCCCAUCCAGCCUUCCGUCGAUUCUCCAGAAGUUCGAAGGUCCCCGCAGUAGAGACGGACGUUGGUGUUUCCGUCGGAGAGAAUGGACUCGCUUAUCGAGUUCCAAACGCACCCUUUGAGUUUCAGUACAGUUAUACUGAGACUCCAAAGGUCAAGCCCUUGGCGCUGCGAGAGCCACCGUUUGCACCUUUCGGCCCAACAACAAUGCCUCGGCCAUGGACUGGUCGAGCUCCGCUUCCCCCGAGUAAGAAGAAGUUACCAGAAUUCGAUUCCUUUCGAUUGCCACCACCACAUAAGAAGGGCGUGAAGCCUGUGCAGGCACCUGGCCCAUAUCUGGCUGGCACGGGACCUAAGUAUGUCAAGUCCAGGGAGGAGAUUUUGGGUGAGCCCUUGACGCAGGAGGAGAUUGCAGAGCUUAUCCAGAGUUGCCUAAAAACCAGGCGGCAGUUAAAUAUGGGUAGAGAUGGUUUGACACACAAUAUGUUAGAAAACAUACACGCUCUUUGGAAACGGCGGAGAGUGUGCAAAAUAAAAUGCAAAGGGGUCUGCACAGUUGACAUGGACAAUGUUCGCCAACAAUUAGAGGAGAAAACUGGAGGGAUAAUUAUUUACAGUAGAGGAGGGGUGUUAUUCCUGUUCCGUGGCAGAAAUUACAAUUAUAGGACUCGCCCACGCUAUCCUAUUAUGCUGUGGAAACCUGUUACCCCAGUUUAUCCAAGGUUGAUUCAACAGGUUCCAGAGGGUCUAACACUGGAAGAGGCAACAGAGAUGCGCAAGAUUGGGCGGAAAUUACCGUCAAUAUGCAAGCUUGCUAAAAAUGGUGUCUACUCUGACUUGGUCAAACAUGUCAGAGAAGCAUUCGAAGAAUGUGACUUGGUCCGGAUAAAUUGUGAGGGAAUGAAGGGAAGUGACUACAAGAAAAUAGGUGCUAAACUCAAGGAUCUUGUCCCAUGUGUUCUUAUAUCAUUUGAACACGAGCACAUUCUUGUGUGGAGGGGAAGAGAUUGGAAAUCGUCCCUCCCCAAACCAGUAGAUGACUGUAAGGAAGCCAAGGAAUCUGAGACAUAUGGUGCUGUUUCUAAAGCACCCAAUCAUGCUGAUUCAUUGCCUACAGAAUGCAAAGGGACAUUGCAGUUAUGCGCUUCAACAAGCUCAACUAAUGAGGUUUGUCUUGACACACCUGAUACAAGCAUGUGUUCUUUGGUGAGUGAAGAUACAAAAACGGAAGGAACAGAGGAUAUUCUAUCUCAUCCUGAAACGGAUAUUCUGCCUACAGCAGCUACUCUAGUGGGUUCAACUGCAAUGAACAUCUAUGAAGCUGACUCGUUUUCAUAUAGUACGAGGGCUGUUGAUGAUGCUGAUGAAUCUGUGGCUAUCACUGGUACAACUAUCAACAAUUCUAAUUCCACACUUACUAAGAGUGCUGAUGAUGAAUUAGAAGCUAUGUCAGUGGGUGCUGGACAUCAUCUUGCAUCUGUUCCUGCAUCUGAUGGCAUAACAACUCAUGAUGAGUUUCAAGAUGCAUCAAAUGAUUCACAUCACUGCAAGCAGCUUGCAAGCCCUGGUUUGGCUUGCACAGAGGGAGUUAAACUACUUCUACAGCAAGCUAUUGAGAACGGAAGUGCUGUUGUACUGGAUGAUGUGUGUUUGGAUGCUAACACUGUUUAUGAAAGAGCAGUUUCUCUUGCCAAGGCUGCUCCACCUGGGCCUGUUUUCAAGAACAGACUAAAAAGCGUCUUGGUCCGGAAGAUUGAGAAGCAAGAACCUGGUGAUUUGAAGGUUGAGAAAAUUGUUGCAGUUUCAGAUAAGAGCAAAACCAUCAAGAAGAGUUCAAGAAUUCAAAGAACGAAAAAUUUCACUGAAAUUUGUCCUGAUAUUGUACCACUUGGGAGCCUCGGAGUAGAUGAAAUUGCUAAGCUAUUAGCUUAACAGAGGACUUCUCUUCUUUAUUUUCUCUGGGUUCAAGUAAUGCAACAUUUUAUAGAGCUUGUAAUCCCAAUAUCUCUCUCUAUUCAAGCAUUUAUUCCAAAUUUUGCUGAGCAUUGGUACC